CACCAACACCCAAUCAUUCAUGAACGAACUACCGUGUCUGGAUGCGUGUGAACUUCACGCGCCCCUCUGACGCGCGUUGAGGAAUAACACAUCUCGUUAAAAUUUUAUCCGCCAAAGCCCCAUGCUUUGCCACGUCAUCACCGCAUCAUAAUCCAUCACCCAUCUCGAAACAUCUCAUCUCCACGCUCACUCUCUCUCUCUCUCACACACACGCACUGUCUCUCUAUCUCUCUCUCAAACCGCCGGCUGAGGGCUUUCUCCGGCGACGCUUCCCGGCGUAGAAUGGCCGGGAAAAUUCUGGUUUCCCGAUUUACCCUCGUCAGGGUUAUCUAUUUACUUCUCGUAUCCGCCCCCGUUUCCCUCCUCGCGAUCAACGUUACCUCCCUGCUCUCCUCCUUCCCCGACCUCUCCUCCUUCUCCGACCUCCUCUCCUCCACCGGCGUCGCGGCGGAGCUCUCCGGCCGGACCUCCCUCACCAUCCUCGCUGUCCCCAACUCCCACAUCGGUGCGUCCGUGGAUCUUACGCGCCGUCUCUCCCCCUCCUCCCUUGCGGACCUCAUCCGUUACCACGUCCUCCUCCAAUUCAUCUCCGACCAUGAUCUCCGCCGGAUCUCACCCUCUGGCUCCCUCGUCACCACUCUCUUCCAGACAACAGGUCGGGCCGGGCCCAAUUCCGGGUCCGUGAACAUCACGCGCGACCCGACCACGAAUGCCGUCACAGUUCACUCCCCUCCUUCCUCGAACGCCACCGUCUUGUCCGUACUGAAGACCCUUCCGUACAACGUCACCAUCUGGGCGGUCGAUUCGCUCCUGGUUCCGCUCGGGUUCGAUCUGAUGGCGUCGGAGAGUCGGCCUCCUCUGGGUCUCAACAUCACGAAGACCCUCAUCGAUGGUCACGACUUCAACGUGGCGGCGGCGAUGUUGGCAGCGUCGGGGGUAGUGUCGGACUUCGAAAACGACGAGCGCGGCGCCGGAAUCACGCUCUUCGUCCCGACCGACGUCGCUUUCUCCGACCUUCCUGGCGACGUGAGGCUGCAGUCACUGCCCGCCGACAAGAAGUCAGUCGUCCUGAAAUUCCACGUCCUCCACUCGUAUUACCCGCUGGGGUCGCUUGAAUCGAUCGUCAACCCGGUUCAGCCCACGCUCGCCACCGAGGAAAUGGGGGCCGGGUCGUACACUCUCAACAUCUCCCGGGUUAACGGGUUGGUCGCGAUCGAUACGGGUAUUGUCCAGGCGUUCGUUACUCAGACGGUCUUCGAUCAGAAUCCCGUCGCCAUUUUCGGCGUUUCCAAGGUUCUUUUGCCCAGAGAGAUCUUCGGGUCGGAUCCGAGUGUGAUUGCGGGGCGACCCGCGACCAACGCGGUCGCAAGUUCGGCUCCUCCCCCUGAAAUUCCGCCUCCUCCGGAGAUAUCGCCGUCGCGGUUAUCCGCUCCCCCAGGCAUGCGGGAGUAUCUCCGGUCCGGAGGUCAAAUUCCCGGCGGCGAAGGCAUUGUCCUUGUUGCUUGUAUAGGAUUGUAUCUACUGCUUUGAUUUUUUUUUUCAAAAUUAAUUUAUUUAUUUUUCCUUGGGGGAAUUCGGGAUUCAUGUUCUUUCUCCCUUUGAUUUGAUGUUCGAUUUUUCUUCCUUCAUUGCAUUGGUUACGAGAAAAUACGAAUCUCUCUGCCUUCAAGUGUUGGGUUAUAUGUUUCGUCCGACACGACACCGAUGUGUUUUUAUUACCUUUUGGUAAUUAUUGCAUUCCGUAAUUCGAAA